AUGAUUAGUGGAUUACAAUCGACAAGGAAGGUUCAUUGAAAAUUUUGAGUCAAAAACUUUGAACAUAGAAAAGUUAAUUAAGAAACCUAUGUACUCAAAAGAAAAAUAAAACCUAAUAAACAUAGAUGCCCAAUUGUCCUUUAUAUAAACCACUCCAAUAUAGAACCAAAAAAACAUCACAAACUCCCAAAACUGACCAAAAAGGGCUAAAAUGGGGAAACCAAGAAUGCUUCAAAUUCCUAUCCUUUUGGUUCUUAGUGUCUUUGCCUUAUCAACAGCCUCAGAUUCUCUCUACACUACUUUCCUCAAUUGUUUAGAGAAUCAUACACAACUCAGCGACCGAGUUUCCGACUCAGUUUACUCCCAAUCCAACUCGUCCUACAACUCAGUUCUCCAAAACUACAUUCGAAACGCCCUCUACAACACCUCCUCCACCAACAAACCCCUUCUCAUUGUUACGGCCACGCACGUGUCGCACGUGCAAGCCACGGUGCUCUGUACCAAACAGAUUGGCCUCCAACUCAAAACCCGAAGUGGUGGCCAUGAUUACGCCGGAAGAUCUUACGUCUCCGACGAAAAGUUCGUCAUUCUCGACAUGUUUCAACUCCGAUCGAUCUCCGUCAACGUUGCCGACCAGACGGUCUUGGUUCAAGCAGGGGCCACACUCGGCGAACUCUACUACAGAGUCUGGGAGAAGAGUAAAGUCCUCGGUUUCCCUGCCGGAAUAUGCCCCACGGUCGGUGCCGGUGGCCACAUCACCGGCGGUGGGUACGGGAACAUGAUAAGGAAGUAUGGGUUGGCCGUUGAUUACGUCCUAGACGCUCAGAUAGUCAACGUUAAUGGAGAUAUUCUUGACAGAAAAUCAAUGGGGGAAGACCUUUUCUGGGCCAUUCGAGGAGGUGGGGCUGGGAGUUUCGGUGUCGUUUUGUCGUACACUUUGAAAUUAGUUCCAGUUCCUGAAACCGUUACGGUUUUCAGAGUGGAGAAAAUAUUGGACCAAGGCCAGAACGUGACUGAUGUCGUUUCUCAGUGGCAACAAGUGGCGCCCACGACAGACGACAACCUUUUCAUGAGAAUGUUGGUACAACCCAUCAGUUCCAAAGUGAAGAAAGGUACUAAAACGAUUAGAAUUUCGAUCAUAACUGAGUAUCUUGGAAAUGCAAAUGAAUUGGUGUCGUUAUUGGGUAAGGAGUUUCCUCUGUUGGGUUUAAAGAAGAAGGAUUGUAUGGAAAUGAGUUGGAUAGAUUCUGUUCUUUGGUGGGCUAAUUUUGAUGUUGGAACCUCACCAAAUGUGCUCCUCGAUCGAAAUCUUAACAAAGCUAGUUUUGGCCUGAGAAAAUCUGAUUAUGUUCAGACUCCGAUUUCUAAAGAUGGGCUUGAAUGGAUAUGGAAGAAGAUGAUCGAGUUAGGCAAAACUGGGUUUGUUUUCAAUCCAUAUGGUGGGAAAAUGAACGAAUUCUCACCUUCUGAGACUCCUUUCCCACACAGAGCUGGGAACUUGUUUAAGAUUCAGUACUCGGUGAAUUGGAACGACCCUAGUGUAGAGUUACAGAAGAAUUAUACUACUGAGGUCAGGAGACUUUUCAGUUACAUGACUCCAUUUGUGUCCAAAAAUCCCAGAAGUGCUUUCUUGAAUUACAGGGACUUAGAUAUUGGUGUUAAUAACUUUGUUAAAGACAGCUAUGAACAAGGAAAGGUUUAUGGAGUCAAGUACUUUGGUCAGAAUUUUGAUAGGUUGGUGAAGGUGAAGACUGCUGUCGAUCCACAAAAUUUCUUCAGGAGUGAACAAAGUAUCCCAACUUUUCCAAGUAAGGAUUAGGAAAAUUAUUUUACAAGUCACAGAACUUUGGUUAUUGUAGUUUGUUACAAGAUUAAAAUAAAUAUAUUGUCAUUAUUUUUGCUUGAGAAAGAGCAUGUGGAACUAUUUGGGUUUUAGUUACUGGCUUAGUGAAAUAUAUAUACCUCUUUUUUUA